UGAAGUCGUGUAGUGUCAAAUCUCAAAUGUGUCAGUUUUAUAUUUACCUGAAAAAUAAAAACUUAAGAUGAGUUUUGUAGCUGAAAUUUUAAAUAGUCAGAAAGAUGUUGAAUUGUGUGAUAUAGACAAAAAGCAACUAGAAAUUACUACUCAUAUUAAUAAAAUUAAGAAAGAAAUAGCUGAAUUUUUACAAAACAGAUAUGUGGAAUUCGAACCCAUAUCAAAUGAAGACGAACAACUUAUGGAACGAUGCAAUGAACUCUCAGCUCAAAUGGAAAUUUUAGUAACGCAAGUUACAGAUAUUACACAACCUAGGGUAAUCGAUGCAUUACAAGAAUUGAAUGAUUUAAAACGAAUUAUUGAAGAAUCCAGAUAUGGCCUGGAAAUAUUGUCCGAACUGUUGAAAGUUCAUAAGACAUAUAGAAAUUUUAUCGACUAUUUUGAUAAAACACAAUAUAUAGAAGCUGCAAAAUGUGUUGUGGAGCUAGAAAACUUAAUUGAAAAUCCACAUAAUGAUAUUGAGUAUUUAGAUAUUUUCGACUCGUUGAGGCAUCAUACGAAAUUAAGUCGGAUAAAUUUAAUUUCAUCGGUAACAGAAACCUUCAAAACAUCAAUAGAAUUAAUCAACAACAAGGACAUUAUUCAAAUUAAGAUCGAUCUAUCUGAAUUUGAUAACUUGCAAAAUGCAUUUAUAGUUUUAAUUCAAAUGAAUGCGAAUUUUGAAUGUUUUUCCGAAUUAAGUGAUUUUCUUAUGAAAAACGUAUUUAAGACUGUAAUUGACAAUAAAAGUGCAGUUGAUGUGGUUGAAAAAAACAACUCUGUACUAUUAAAUGUAAAAAUACUUGAUAAUGUUAAGCCAUCAUUUUAUGGAGAAGUUUUAAAAAAUUUAUUAAAUGUAUUCGAAUUCUUGGAAAAUUAUUUGAAUAUUGUUAUUGAUAACAACAAGUCAGUUUUAAGUUUAUUAGGUAAUCAAAUCGGUGAUAGAUUUUCCACAAUGUUAGUUGAAUCAUGUUUUAUUGAGCUCAUACCAUCGACACCAAGUGAAAUGGAAAAUUUUGAUUCAAUACGAAAAGAAAUUGAACAAUUUAAAAUUCGAUUGAAUGAAUAUCAAUUUUUGGACGAAAAGAAUCGAUCAUUUGAUGAAUUUUUGGAUAGUGUUGAAAUACAUUAUGCUAAUAAAAUAUGUACGAAUAUGAUUAAAACAGCUGAAAGUAUUAUGAAAAAAGAUUUACAUAAUAUGACUGAGGUUGAAAUCAGUGAAACGAUGGAUCAUUCUGUUUUAAAAUGUCAAAUUUCAACAAAUGUGAUUGAAUUAGAAACAUAUGUUCGCAAUGGAUUGGACUUGAUAAAGCAAGAUUCUGAAAAAGUGUCUAAAAAAAUAGUUUCAACGAUUGAGCAAAUGAUUUGUCUUUAUUACACACUUGUACCACAACAUCAUAAGAAAAUGUUAGAAACCAUUCCUCAACAAAUCGCCUUAUUCUACAAUAAUUGUAUGUAUUUAGCAUACAGUUUAAACAAACUUGAAACUGAGUAUAAUCCAAAAUUAAAAGAGUUAAAUAUGGAGAUACUUCACUUGGAUGAUGUUUUAUGUAGACUCCGAUCAACUGGUAAAAAUAUGUUUGAAGAACAAUUAAAAGUACAAAAGAAACAAAUGUUGGAUAUCAUUAAAGAUUCAGGAUUAGCUACCUUAGGUCAAGUACCGGAAUUGGAUGGUAAUACUGAAAAAUCUAUAAGACAGUGUUUACGACAAUUAGAACUACUUCAAACUGUAUGGAAAAAAGUUUUACCAGUGAAUGUAUACGAUGCAAGUUUGGGUGAAUUGUUAAAUACGUUAGUAGAAGAUCUUAUUCGACGAGUAUUAUCUGUUGAAGAUAUAUCAGCGACAGCAGCUACACAGCUUGUUUCUUUCUAUACUUUAGUUUUGCAACGGGCACCUAAAGUGUUCACUGAACCUAAAGAAAUACAUAAACAUGUAAAUUUGUGGAUGAAAUUACAAGAAAUUAUCUUUUUAUUAGAAGCAAAAUUAGCUGAUAUUGAAAGUCGUUGGGCGGAUGGUAAAGGCCCAUUAGCUGUAGAAUUCAAACCCCAAGAGCUUAAAAAUAUUAUACGUGCUUUAUUCCAGAAUACAAACCGACGUGCAGCGCUUUUAAAUAAAAUUAAAUAAACUUUUUCUACUUUA